UUUUAAAUUUAUAUGUCCCGGCGGGGUUGGAGUUGAAACAGUUUGCCGUGGAUUGUGUUGCGAGUCACUAAAUCAUAUACCGCAUUGUUUCGUGUGCACUACACGGCUUAACGCAAUACUCGUCUUUCACGCUACGCCUCGGCGGCCCGAAUAUCACUGAGUGCCCCCGCUGCCGUAUGUCCCAUAUACCUUGUCACGAGUAGCUGGAAACGCACUUGCCCUCCCCAAAUAUGCGUGUCGUAGCCCUGAUCAGCGGCGGCAAGGACAGCUGCUUUAACAUGAUGAAUUGCGUGCAGCAGGGUCAUGAAAUCGUCGCUCUGGCGAAUUUAUACCCGCAAACGAACACCGAUGAAAUUGACUCUUACAUGUAUCAAACGGUCGGACACAAUGUAAUUCCCUUGUACGCUGACUGUAUGGGUGUUCCGAUUUAUCGUGAACCUAUUACAGGAAAAACAAUUGACCAGAACCUGUCGUAUCAAAAGACCGACAAUGAUGAAACAGAGGACUUAUUUCGACUUUUGAAAAGGGUGAAGACGGAGCAUCCAGAGGUGGAGGCUGUCUCUGUAGGUGCAAUCCUGUCAAAUUACCAACGUACACGCGUUGAAAACAUUUGCCAGCGUUUGGGACUCGUGAGUCUCUCGUUCCUUUGGAACAGAGAUCAGCGGGAGUUGCUGGAGGAAAUGGUUCAAUCAGAACUGCAUGCGAUUCUCAUUAAAGUUGCUGCCAUUGGCCUAAACGAUCGCGACUUGGGCAAGUCGCUUGCAGAAAUGCAACAGAAACUGCUCACUCUGCAUUCGCGUUUCGAUCUCCACCCCUGUGGUGAGGGAGGAGAAUACGAGACACUCGUUCUCGACUGCCCUCUGUUCAAGAAACGACUUGACUUGGUCGAUCGUGAGGUAAUUCAGCACUCUUCUGGCGAUGUCUAUUACUUGAAGUGUAAAGCGGAGGUGAGAGACAAGGAGAACGAAGAGGCGAGCGAGAAAGACGUUUCGUCGACACUUGACUUGUCUCAGGGCCCCCCUUUGCUCGAUAAUGAUUUCUCGUCACUAUACGCUACGGUUAAAGACACGCUUUUGAAGCUGCCGAACUCGGAGCCCGGUAUUGAAAAACAUUUGUUUCCUGUGCCGGUGCACAGAACGGUUUCCGUCCAGGAAAAGGGCCCCUAUUUGGCUCUGGGAAACGUUACGGCACCUGCUGCCGCUUACGCUACUGUCGAAGACGAAAUGGAGGCUGCUCUUCUGGUUAUGGAAGAUGUCCUGAGGGAGCACAAAAAGUCGGUUCACAAUGUACUCCAGGUGAUUCUCGUUGUCUCCAAUAUGUCUGAUUUCGCGCGCUUAAACAAGGUGUACGCAAAACACUUUGAUUUCAUCAAUCCUCCCUCCAGAGUCUGUGUCAGCAGCCCUCUUCAGGAUGAUUGCAGGGUUGUGCUUUCUUGCAUAGCAGCUAUCGCAGAUGGCCGACAGGGUUUGCACAUUCAGAGCCAGAGUUUCUGGGCUCCAGCCAACAUUGGUCCGUAUUCCCAGGCCAUUUCUUAUGAUGGCACGGUCUUCAUCUCCGGCCAGAUUGCUAUGAUCCCUGCAACGCUAGCAAUGCCCUUCCCAACAUCCAUUCACAAGGAGGCUGUCUUAGCCUUACAACACGCAUAUCGCAUCGGAAAAGUGAUGAGGGUUAAGAGUUUUGCUUUUGCAACUGCUUUCCUGUGCAGUAGCAAUGAUGUUGAGGCCACCCAAAUCGUUUGGGACUGUUUCCAAAAACAAUUUGGCUAUCAUUGUCCCUUGUUCACGGUUCUCGUUGAAGCCUUGCCCAAGGGGGCCAUGAUUGAAUGGCAACUUCUUGGCUGCACAGAAUACGAAGACAAACCCCCCGUGAGUGCCACCGUUUCAACGCAAUCUUUGCAUGCUCCAAACACGUUUUGGAGCAUUGCAGCGAUGGAUGAACAAACUAUGCAAACAGAACUCGCCUUUAUGCAAAGUCAAGUACCCUCUAACUAUACCAUGAUAUUUAAUAGCACCGGUGAGUCGAGUGUUUUGCAUGUCGGGUGCAAUAUUCGGUAACUACUUUUGGGCGUCUAGCUUUGUUUUGGGUUGAUCAUUAGACAGAAGCGUCAGUGAUACUCUCUUUAUGUCUUGAAAUGAAACGUUACGUUUAUUGUGUACUGCGGUCCUCACAGUGGAACUUCUAAUUUUUUUUAUUAUAUACGUAUACCUUACUUUCCAUGAACAUGCUCCAAGAUUAGAACCAAACUUUCAUAUCUUUUAUUAUAGCCACUUCAACAAAUCGUUAACAGUGAAUAAAAUUAUUUAUUAUGUCUUGUGAAACAAGGAACCACUUGCUUGUUUCCGUAUAUUGCUAUACUGCCUUCGGCCUAUCAAGGUUCUCCAGCGUAAAA